UUAACGAGUUAGGAUUAAUUUCGAGACAUUUCUGGUCUCAUACAAGUUCAGAAGAUAACACGUUUGCACGCAUUCCAGACCAUUUAACCUUGAUAAAAUUAAAUGUAACUGGAUUAUAUUUUGAUAAAAAUACUCAAUGUUUAAAAGUAGUUGAUGAUGGAAUUAAUUCAUUUAAUGAUUUACCAAAUGAAAUUGAAGGAUUAGUUUACAAUCGAAUAAAAAUUAUUUAUCAACAACAUCAAUGGGAUAAAAUGAAAUAUAAAAAAUACAAAGAAGCAACUAUUCAAUUAAAUAUAUUAAAUAUAGAUUAUAAGGAAAUUGUUAAUUGCUAUGUUGAUGAAAUACAGAUUGUAACUGAAGACAACUGUCUUCUUGAUACUGAUCUCUAUUAUCCGCGAAUCGAUUUAACAAUAAGAGCUAUGCCUAUGAAAAUUGGUUAUCAAGGUAAUAACGUUAGUUUAGUGAUUAAAGGUCGUCAUGCACAUAACUUUUAUUAUGAAAAAGCAUCAAAUGGUGAUAAAAGGUGUAAAUAUGUUGAGGUGCCAGAUGGUGCUAAUGGGUAUGAUGGGGGAAUUUGGUCGAAAUGGACAACAUGGUGGUAA